CUAAAGUAGGAAAGGAAUGGAGCAUUGAGGGUGUUUUAGGAACAGUAGGUUAGAGCUAUACAGAUAUGGAGAUAAGUAUUUGAAGGACUCGUGACUGUAUAUUAGAAUAUAGAUAAUUAUUACAAUAUUUAUAUAAUGUUAAUAUCAGUAUUAGUGUUAGUAUUUUCGUCUCUCAUUAUCUGAAUUAAUAUAAAAUGAGAUACAUGGCCCAUGUUGCAUACUCUUGUACAGUAGAUGACGGUAUGCAAGUCAUGGUUGCAACCCGCCAUUGAACCAAAAGAAGAAGAAGAAGAAGCCGGAAGUCACAACGGAAAACGGAAAAAUUAGCAACGCUUCGCUGAAAGACGACAAGGCAUCAAAAUGUUGAAAGAGUUGGUGAAGGAGCGGCUCAUGGCGGCAGCUGACGAAAUAUUCGAACUUUUUGAAAGAACCAUAGCGUCGUACGAGGAGGAACUUUGUCGAACAAGAGAGAAGAAGCGACAUGGACGACAACUGGGAACCGUUGGCAAGACUCGGACUGUGCUACACGUUGAAGACGUCCAGAAGCUGUUUGAUCGUCAAGAAGAACGUCCCCCUCAGCGGCAUGGGGUGAGCUCCACUUUGAAGCCGGAGGAUCCACAGACCCCCCACAUUAAAGAGGAAGAGGAGGAACUCUGGACCACUCAGGACGGAAAGUGUCUUUUAGAGGCACAGAAGACUGACCUCACCAAGUUGCCACUGACAGUUGUCUAUGUGAAGACUGAAGACCAUGAAGACAAACCACCUGAGUCCUCACAGCUUCCUCACAGUGAGGACAACAGAGGGGCGCAGCAUCCAAGCAGCAGCAGCUCACCACAACACAUGACAGCAGAAGCUGAUGGAGACCACUGUGGAGGAUCACAAGCAGACAGCCUCUUAGCUCCACUAUCAGAUAAUGACGACACAAUGUCACACUGUCCUGAAGCUGAAGACAGGAACGACAUCCGAGAAUCUUUGAGCAGCAAUGCAGACUGUGAAGGUGAUAUGAGGACUCAAACUGACAACAAAGACUUUGAAUGUUCUAAAAAGAAGGUGGGAAAAAAAUGUUUGACCCGCUCGGUUUGUGUUGAAAGUUUUUCCAAUAAGGACUUGAGGACGCACGCGGAAGAAAAACCUUUUAGUUGUUCAAUUUGCGGCAAAAGAUUCUUUGAAAAGUCAACUAUGCUCACACACCUGACAACACACACAGGAGAGAAACCGUUUUCCUGUUCAUUUUGUGCGAAAACAUUCUCUCGGCGGAACAUUUUAGCAGCACACAUGCGGACACACACCGGAGAAAAACCUUUUAGUUGUUCAGUUUGUGCUCAAACAUUUGCCCAAAAGGUAAACAUGACAACACACAUGAGAACACACACUGGUGAAAAACCAUAUAUUUGUUCAGUGUGUGAUAAAAGAUUCACUCAUAAGGUAACCAUGGUAAAACACAUGAGAACGCAUACAGGAGAAAAACCAUACAUUUGUUCAGUUUGUGAUAAAGGAUUCACUAAUAAGGUAAAUAUGGUAAAACACACAAGAACACACACAGGAGAAAAACAUUGAUUGCUAAUUAGAUUGAUGCUAGUGCUAAUUUUGCUCAGAUUGCACACAAAACGCACACUAACAAACACACAACAACAAGGAAACGUAAAAAAAUGGAAAACUCAGCAGCAAUUUUACAAAAAUAAAGUCAUAAUAUUAGGAGAUAAAAGUUGUAAUUAACAAAAAGUCAUAAUUUUACAAAAGUAAAGGUGUAAUGAGGAAAUAUGACAUCAUUUUAAUAGCAUAAAGUUGAAAUAUUAAAAAAGACAUUAUUUGUCAUGUGAAAAAACAACAAAUGUAGUUGUAAUUUUUUGGAAAAAUUAGGUUGCGAAAAAAAAUUAUGAUAUGACAAUAAAGUCAUCGUUAAGAGAAAAAAAUAUUUGGGAAAAAAACAACAGCAGACAUAAAAAAAGCAGUCAUUUAAUGAGAAUAAAGUAAAAAAAAUAUUGAGUAAAAAGUGGCAAUUUUACGAUAAUAAACUUAUAAUGUUAUGGGGAAAAGUAAUGCCAUUUUAGGUGGAAUAAAGUUGAAUAAAAUAUAUACCGUAUAUAUAUAGUUAUCAAAUAGUAAUUUUUGGAAAAUUAGGUUGGGAAAAAAGUUAUAAUAUGGGAAUAAAGUCAAAAUAUUACGAGAAUCACAUUUUCAAAGAUGAUUUAAGAAGAAAGUUGAACUAUUUUACCUAUUUCACCUACAUCACAAAGCUGAGAUGCAGUUUUUUUCUUGAACUAUAUAAAACUUCUUAGCAUAUUUACACGUGUUGCUUUACAAAAUAUCAAAGUGGCCCUUUCAUCCUUUCAUUUUUCAGUAUGUGGUUCUCAGUGGAAAAUGUUUCGGACACCCGCGGUCUCAUUCAUGUCACGACUAUA